AUGUUCUUUUUGUGUUUCUGGUUCUUUUGUUGUGUAUCUUGCUUUCCUUCUGAUGGUGUUGUUGGUGAUGGUUGUUUAUCUGUUGUUGGUGUAGAUGUUGUUUGUCCUUUUCCUUGUAUUGAAGUUGAUGAGGCUGUGUCACUUUGUGGUUGUGGUUGGUUUGAUGAUGGGGAAGUUGAUGGACUUGAUGUUGAUUGUGGUGUUACUGUUGACGCUGAUGAUUGUCCAUUUGUUGACGUUGGUGCUGGUGAUUGUGGUGCUAGUUGUGUUGAAGUGUCUGGUGUUGUUGGUUUUGAAACUGAUGAAAGUUGGUUUUGUUUUUGUUCACCUGAUGUUUAUGUAGAUUGUGCUGAUGGCGAGGUUUGUGUGGAUUGUCCUUUUGAUUCUGCUGAUUGUGUAUUUGCCGUUUCUCCUGUUGUUGAUUGCGUUGAAGACUGUGAAGUUGAUGAAGUACUUCAUGACACUGCUGGUGUUGUUCCUGCACCUCCUUUUGUUGAGUCUCCUGCUGGAUUUUCUGCUGUUGCUUGUGUGUUUGUUGUUCCUGAACCUCCAUCUCCUGUUGUUGGUGUUGCUCCUGACUGUGGUGAUGAUGGUGCAUUUCUUUGUGGUGUUGUUACUUCACUUCCUUGUGAUACUGUUGUUGUAGUUCCUACUGAAGUUACACCCUCUUUUGCUCCUUGUGAUGUUGUUGUUGUUUCAGCUAUCAAAUGUAUAUUAUUAUAAAUAUUUUGAAUGGUAUUAGUCAACCGAUUAUAUGUUUGAUUUUGUGUAUUUUCAUCAUCGUUAUAUUUAUUCUCAUGUUUAUGUUGUUUAGUUCUUGUUGAAUCAAUCAUGUUAUCUUCACGUUUAUUAUCAUCUUUAUUUCCUUGUUCAUUGUAUUGUUCAGUCUCCAAUCCUUUACUAAUUACAACAAUUAAUAUCAAUAGAAUCGUUGUUUAUUUCUAAUUAGUUCUUCUCUUUAAAUAUAUCACACUAACAUACUUCUAUUUCUCUAUUGUCAAUUCAUUAUUUGAAUUUGAAUUGAAAUUUAUUUGCCUUCUUUGUAUUUUGUGUUUAUAUUAUCAUUGUAUAUCAUUCAUGACUUGAUGAAAUGUUAAAAUGUCAAAAUUCUUUCAUCCAACUCUAAAAAUAUUCUAUUCUUAUUGUGUAUUUUUAUUUCAA